AGUCAGAAUCGCCCUGGGUUGGGUCGCAAAGAUGGCGUCCUCCGCCUCCCCUCGUACUUCGUCAGGGAAGCGAGUGGUGAAUCAGGACGAAUUGCGGCGGUUAAUGAAGGAGAAGCAACGUUUGAGCACCAAUCGGAAACGAAUAGAAUCUCCAUUCGCAAAAUACAACCGUUUGGGGCAGCUGAGUUGUGCCCUAUGUAACACCUCGGUUAAGAGCGAGCUUCUGUGGCAGACUCACGUCCUGGGAAAGCAGCACCGAGAGAAAGUGGCCGAGCUGAAAGGCGCGAAGGAAGCCACCCAGGGAUUGUCCGCCAGUGCAGAGCCUCACUCCGUCAAGAGGAAGGCGCCGGACGCAGACAGCCAAGAUGCUAAGAGAGCGACGGCCUCCACGGUGCCUCAGGUACAGCCCUCCACAUCCGCUUUGCCCACCAACUUUGCUAAAACAGGAAAGGAGUCCACUGAAGCAAUCGCCAGUAAGCCUUCAAGACUCGGUUUACUCCUUGAUUAUGAAGAUGAAGAAGAGGAUGAGGGGGAAGAGGAGGGAGAAGAAGGAAAAAAGGAGGACGCUAGCAAGGUGCCGCCGGACGCACAGGGCAAGGAACACUCACUUGCCUCCUCUCGGGAGACAACAGCUAGUGUGCUGCCAAAUGAUUUCUUUGAUACAAAUCCUCCCAAGGCCCCCUUAAUCCCUCAUUCAGGGUCAAUUGAGAAAGCAGAAAUACAUGAAAAAGUGGUGGAAAGGAGAGAAAACACUGCGGAAGCGUUACCGGAAGGUUUUUUUGACGACCCUGAAGUAGAUGCGAGGGUGCGAAAGGUUGAUGCCCCAAAGGAUCAGAUGGACAAAGAGUGGGACGAAUUUCAAAAAGCCAUGAGGCAGGUCAACACUAUUUCCGAAGCCAUAGUUGCUGAAGAGGAUGAGGAGGGACGGUUGGACCGGCAGAUUGGGGAAAUCGAUGAGCAGAUAGAGUGUUACCGUCGGGUAGAAAAGCUGCGGAAUCGCCAGGAUGAAAUAAAAAAUAAGCUUAAAGAGGUUUUGACCAUAAAAGAACUGCAGAAAAAGGAGGAGGAGAAUGUUGACAGCGAUGAUGAGGGAGAACUGCAGGAUUUGUUGUCUCAGGAUUGGAGGGUGAAAGGGGCUUUGUUAUAGGGUUUCAAAGACCCCAGAUUUUUAAGGUCCUCUACUUUUGUAUAGAAAAUGUUGUCUCUUGGUAUGAUCUCAGUUACUCCAUGGCUAGAGACUUGGCUACUUAACUGUGCUACUGAGAUAAAAUGAGCCGGUGAAGGGCAGCACUUUGGAAAGUGGUGUAAAAUACUUGUGAGGUAAAGUUGUUUUUCAAGUUUUUGAAGUUUUUCACACAUUUACAGGUUUAAAUGUAUAACUAACUUGUAAAAUCUGUAAGCUGUAAAUACUUGCACAUAGUUAAAUAUAUAUAUUUACUUAAGUAAUCUGUUCUGAAGUUUAUGAAUAGAAGUCAGUCCAACAGACAAGCUUUUAGAUGAAUAUAAAUGUGCUAUGUGGGAUGUAUAUGGCUUUUUCUGACUCCUAAAUCAAACUCAAAUGGGUUUUUUUUAAAGAACAUUUCUCAUAAACACGUAAGUCAUUCUAGGUUAAUCACUUCUCUGAGUAUUCUGUUUUCUUUUUUCAAAAACAUGCUUUAGAAGAACAUGGAGAAAAAUACAUGCCAAACAUGACCAACCUCCUCAAACCCAGAGUUUCUCUUGACUAAACCAAUAAUUCUCAGAUGUAGGUGCACAUGAGAAUCACCUUUGAAACUUAAAAUAUACAUAUAUGUAUUAAAACUACGCACAUACAUAAUACAUAUAUAAUAUACAUUUUUUUUCCCCUUAUAUUAAAAAAACCAAGCCCGUUGCUAACUGAUAGCAACCCUAUAGG